UGUUCAUUUUAGCAGGACUUCUGUGCAGCACUUCUGGUCUUUGGCGAGAGUAUCAGUACAUAAACAUAAGUAUGACAUGGACAGAAGCUCAGAGUUACUGUAGAGAGAUAUACACUGAUCUGGCUACUGUAGACUCGAUGGAUGAUGUGAACCGGAUGAUAAAUACAGUGAAUGAUGGGAACAGAGGAUUAUUGUGGAUUGGACUGCAGACGGCAAACCAGAGCCGUUGGGUUUGGUCAAAUGGAGAUGAUAACAUUUCAUACAGUCAAUGGGCCACAGGAGAACCUUAUGGAAGAGGGGAUUGUAACCUUUUUUGCUAUGAUGCUACGUACGAUUAUGGGUGUGAAACCCCAUUAUCGUUUUUGUGUUACAAUGAAAGUACUGGAUAUGUCAUAAUAGAUGAUUUGAAAAACUGGACAGAUGCACAGAGUUACUGCAGACAAAAUUACACUGAUCUGGCCACCGUCCACAACUCUCAAGAGCAGCAACAGCUAUAUGCAACUGUUAAAGAUUUUGGGUCAUGGAUCUGGAUGGGUCUCUUCAAGGACUCUUGGCAGUGGUCUGAUCAAUGGAAUCUCGCCUUUAGAAACUGGGCACCAGAAGAACAAUUCCAGAGGCUUGGUGACUGUGCUGCCAUGUCUACAACUGACUCUGGGAAAUGGGUUCAGUACAGCUGUGACCAACAGUACCAUUUCCUCUGCUAUGGAGAGGGCAAGUUAGUUAAAAGACAAACUGUCAGACUGAAGUUGUCCAAUGAUGGGAAAUACAACUUGACUGAUCCUUUACUGCAGACUGCCAUUAUGAAUGAGAUUAAUAUAAAGCUAAAGAACCUUGGACUGGAGAACGCACAUAUAAACUGGAGAAAGGAUGAAGAUGGAGAGGUGUUUCAUCUGAGCGAACGUACAGUGAAUUCAAGACCUCCAUGUAAUAUGAAUCCCUGAACUUGAACUCUGCUUAAUGUUUACACUGUUCUUUUUUAAUACAUAGAGAUCGAUGUGAUCAUGAGGUUAAUUAAAUCUCCAGUACACUAUUUUUUUCUGAUUUUCUAAGCUACAACUUGAAAAGGAAUCUAUAAAAACAUUUUUAAAGGCUUUUUAUUCAUGCCCAAGCAAUAAUAGGGACAAAAUUAAAAUGUAAAAUUUAGUUUUAAUUUUAUGUUCUGUUUUUCUUUUUCAUUUUUGUGUUCAUUUUUAUUUUCAACUUGUAUGCAAAUUCAAUGUUUAUCUGUGAGUGGGGCUUUCUUGCUAAAAAAAAAGGGGAUUGGCUGAAGCAGUGUUGCCAACUCAGUGACUGUGUUGCCAACUUAGCGACCUUAUUGCUACAUCUAGCGACUUUUAGACCCAUUUAGCCAAACUUAGCGACUGUUUGGAUGAAUCUUAGCUUCACAUCUGUACAGAUAGGCUACUGU